GACAUAAAGAGGUGGUACCAAUACUCUAAUCGGGAAUAGCAAUUAUAAUCACCCACGGUUUCUUAUUCAGCAUUGCUUGUUUCUUAUCUCGCAUAUCAAGCUUUGGGCAGUACAACGCAAACCCAAUGUUCAAAUGCUCAGAAGCUGGUGGCGAAAUUUCAAGAUGAGAUGCAAAAUGGGGCUCGGGCACGUGCAUGGGACUGUUUCUACAAAUCCGUCUUCAAAUCCUUUUUUUUCUUUGUGAGUCAUGGUUCUUUCGACAGCUUAAACGUCAUGUCUUCCUCAUCGGUAGAUAUUAGUAAUGCUGGACGUCGCCGGUCGUCAAUACUUUCAAACCACUCGAUUUCUUCGGUCACAACCAUUCAAAAUGAGAGAACACCCCUCGUUCCAAAGGCAAACGACAGUUUGACGUCUCCAACGUCCUAUAGGAAAGAAGCUCAUUGGCUUUUUACCAAUUCUUUACCCAUUGUUUUGACCUAUAUGCUUCAGACCUCCUUGCAAAUGGCCAGUGUCUUCUCUCUUGGACAUAUUGGUCCGACUGAAUUAGCUGCAGCUGCUCUUGCCAAUAUGUUCGCUGCUGUUUCAGCGUGGAGUCUUGCAUCAGGCACAACUACCGCUUUAGAUACCAUGCUCUCUCAAGCCUGGACAGGAGCAUCAGAUAAAACUUUAGUCGGUGUCCAUCUCCAGCGAGCCCUGAUCAUCUUGGGUAUCAUGUUUAUACCAAUUUCCAUGGUGUGGUGGAGAGCAACUGACAUUCUGCUAGCUUUGAAUCAAGAAGAGCAAUUAGCACAGCAUGCCGGACUUUUCCUGCGAUACCUAUUAAUUGGCGCACCAGCCAAUAUUGCAUUCGAAGGUGUAAAGAAAUUCUGCCAAGCUCAAGGCAUCAUGAAUGCCUCAACCUGGGUUUUGCUUAUUGUAGCCCCCAUCAAUGCCCUCAACAACUAUCUCCUGGUUUGGUACGAGCCUAUCUCCCUAGGUUUUAUUGGAGCUCCUAUUGCUACCAGCUUCACUUAUUGGUUACAGCUGAUUUUGCUAUUGCUCUACAUUAAGUUCGUUAGAGGCCAUGAGGCAUGGGGAGGUUGGUCUACGGAAGCCUUUAAGGAUUGGUGGCCAUUCAUUCAGCUGGCCAUUCCAGGUAUUUUCAUGGUGUGCAGUGAGUGGUGGUCCUGGGAAAUAAGUGCAUUAGCAGCCUCUUACCUAAGCGAGACGGACUUAGCGGCACAGUCUAUUAUUUUGACCUCUGCUCAAUCAACCUACGUGAUUCCCUUCGGUAUUUCGGUUGCUGCGUCAAACCGAGUUGGCAACUUAUUGGGUUGCGCCGCGGCCAGUAACGCUAAAAAGGCAGCCCGCAUGGCUAUGGUUUUUGCUGUUGUGUUUGGUCUGCUCAAUUCUUGCUUCUUCCUAGCCACUCGUAAUGUCUAUGGAUAUCUGUUCACUUCCGACCCAGAUGUUGUUAGUCGCGUUGCCUCCAUUCUGCCAAUGUGUGCUCUGUUCCAAAUUGCGGAUAGUGCAGCAGGUGUUUGCGGCGGUGUAGUACGUGGACUCGGACGACAGAAGAUUGCAGCCAUCUUGAACUUGGUCGCCUACUACUUGAUUGCACUUCCCAUCGCAUAUGUGCUAACCUUUAAACUUGGAUGGGGUUUGCACGGUAUUUGGACUGGCUUGACACUCGCUUUGUUCAUCGCAGGAGCUGGAAUAGUUGUCUUUUUGAUGAACGUUAAUUGGAAGGCAGAAGUUGUUCGCACACUAGCACGAGUACAGCAUGCAGAGGAAGAGCUGAAGUUCAAUACAACCCAUAGUGCACUCUAAUGGCAGGCGGCGCCAACUCACCAUUUAAAAAGUUAUUUACACGCACGCUAAUACUUCUUCUCAGAUUGUACAGUACAUUAGAUAAACCCCUAAGGAAGAAAAAAAUCAUGCCACCCUAGGUUUCGGAUGUUUGCUGAUAUUGCAUCUUUUCUUCCACAACUGCAAAUAAACUCAGUUUUUGAAUCUCUAUAAUUUUUCGUUUUUAUGCGUU